GGUGUGCCGCUGAUUACGAUCCGUUGGGGCCUCUUCUUCCUCCGAAUCGACCAGACUUCUACUUAUACAUCAGGCAUAAGUGCAAUUCUGAGUCAGAUGGAAGAGUUCUCCGUCUUCCCUCCGACGCAGGUCUUCGCACCUCGCACGUUGGACUUCUUUUUCAAGGAACCGAUAGUGCUCGACUUCUCGGGUUGGGUUGGAAUAGAUGAUCAGUUUAGAUGA